AUGAGCAGCAGCAACCAGGACCUGGCCAAGAAGCUUCCGCUGGCCUGCCGCAACACCGCCCUGUCGGCGCAUGACCUCCAGUUCGACUCAUUUGAGCUGCGUUACGGGUACAGCUGGCACCUGAGUGCCGCCGACUGCGUGCACGCCCUGACGGGCUUGCUCGUGCGCCACACCAAGAUCGGCGGCGCGGGCCCCGGCAGCGGCGCGGGCGGCGGCGGAGGGGCUGGCGCGGACGCGGCCGGCGGCGGCAGGGAGCAAGGCCCAGAGGACGUGCGGGAAGAGCAGGCGGCGGCCGCACGGGACGAUUUCUGGGCGGCGCUCGAGGCUCUGGACGUGUCCACGCCACGCUCCAUGAAGCUGCUCAAGGAGGGCAUCGACGAGGCCAAGGCGCUGCAGCUGGCGGUCAUCAAGGACGGCGGCCUGAUGAUCACACGGCGGCAGCUGGAGGCCAACCCUGCUCACCACAUGCAGGAGCUCAACCUGCAGGCAAUUCGGCCCACCAACAGUGACCGCUUUCGCCACCCGCUGGCGCUGCUGCGCCUGGCCACCUUUGUGCGCGACGCGGCCGACGUGGCACGCACGGCUCGAAAGAGCAAGUGGCCGAUGGCGGUGGUGGGGCCGGACGAUGGCAGUGGCUACUGCUGUGUCAUUGGCAUACGGCACAAACAGCUGCCAAAGCAGCCGCAGUACAACGUGUUUGGCACCACAUUUCAGCAGGUCCUGCAGGAGGAAGCCGACGCCCUUAAAUGGGACCAGGAGCGUGACGGCUUUGACGCCGCGGUGGUUUUCGUGCACAAGGACAGCGUGCCCACGUUCAUGACCGAGCUGAAGAUCCGUCUGGGCCAGCAGGCGCGGGAGAGCGCAGAGGCAGCGGGAGCAGAGGCAGCAGCAGCAGAGGCGGCGGCGGCGGCGGCGGCAGCGGCGGGCGCGCAGGAUGGAAAGCGAAAGGGCAAGCAUCGGCGGCGCGAGGGGGAGUUGCCACCAGACAGUGGUGGCGGCGUGUUUGACGGACAUGGAGGCAAGGAGGUGGCAGAGUUUGCGCAAGAGCACCUGCACCUCCAUUUUCUGUGCGCGCUCACCGAGUCUGGCGCCACCGGCGCCGCUGAAGCGCUCGGCAGCAGCGGCAGCAGCCGGGCCUCUGGCGGCCACAGUCGCGGCAGCAGCGGCAGCGUGUUCGGCCCGUGCCUGCCUGACACAGACGACAGCGACGCCACCAGCAGCACCAGCGGCUGCGCAUUCUGCGACGCCGCCGCCGCCGGCAUCGGCGCGCCCGCCGCGCUGCCGCCGCCGCCACUGCCCCCGCUGCAUCCGGCGACGACCGCCGCGGCGGCCGCCGCGCGGGCACUCACAGCGGCCGCGGCGCCCCCGCACGCGGACGCGUCGUCCUACUCGAGCCCUCUGCUCGGCAGCUGCCCGCCGAGCCCCAGCGCGAGCAGCCAGGCGUCUGACCGGCGUGGCGAGGCGGUCGGACGCGCGCUGCGGCAGGCGUUCAUGCGUACCGACCGCGAUCUGGCCGGCACAGAGGUCGGCGAGUUGGUGGGCAGCACGGCGGUCGUGGCGGUGAUCGGGCGCGGCGAGGUGCACCUGGCGCACUGCGGCGACAGCCGGGCGGUGCUGUGCCGCAAGGGCGCGGCGAUAUCGCUCACCACCGACCACAAGCCAGACCGCUCAGACGAGGCGGCGCGCGUCAAGGCGUCGGGCGGCCGCGUGGUGUUCAAGGCCGGCACGCACCGCGUGAUGGGGCUGCUGGCCAUGAGCCGCGCGCUGGGGGACCACUUCCUGCGGCCUUACGUCAUCGCCGACCCCGAGAUCACCAGCUUCCAGCGCAGCAGCGACGACGAGCUGCUUAUCCUGGCCACGGACGGCUUGUGGGACGUGUUUGCCGCCCAGGAGGCCGUCAACCUCGCCCUCCGCUCAGCGCAGCGCGCGCGCGCGCGCGGCGCCUCGCGCACCGCCGCGUGCCGCGUCGCGUCGGGCGUGCUGAUGCGCGCCGCCGUGACGCGCGGCAGCCGGGACAACAUCACCGUGGUGGUGGUUGAUCUGAAGCAGGAGCACGGGCCGCCAAGUUUGGCCGCG